CUCAGCAGGACAGCUCUGGGUAGCUCCGCCGCCGCCUCCAGCUUGCGAUUAUGUUUUCCAGAGCUGCCCGGAGCUUGGUAAUAAGGACUGGAGGGCUCAGGACUCGAGGGACACACAGCUCAGGAGAUGCUGCCAGCAGCCGGCGGCGGAGGAUGACCCCCUAUAUUGACUGCUAUGCCCAGCGCUCCUAUCCCAUGCCGGAUGAGCCCUUCUGCACAGAGCUCAGCGAGGAGCAGCGGGCCCUGAAGGAGAAAGAGAAGGGCAGCUGGACCCAGCUGAGCCAAGCAGAGAAGGUGGCCUUGUACCGGCUCCAGUUCCAUGAGACCUUCGCAGAGAUGAACCAUCGCUCCAACGAAUGGAAGACGGUGAUGGGCUGCGUCUUCUUCUUCAUUGGAUUCACGGCUCUGGUGAUUUGGUGGCAGCGGGUCUACGUGUUCCCGAAGAAGGUUGUCACCCUGACAGAAGAACGGAAAGCCCAGCAGCUCCAGCGCCUCCUGGACAUGAAGAGCAACCCCAUACAGGGCCUGGCUGCCCACUGGGAUUAUGAGAAGAAAGAGUGGAAGAAGUGACCAACACCACAGUCUGCCGCCUGCCCUUGCCAACCCGCCUCUGCAGCCCAGGAGACCCUCCUCCCCUCCCCUCCCCUCCCCUCCCUUCCUCUCCCUUCCCUCCUCCUCCUGUCCGAUCUCUACU